CCUGACAUCGUUCUAAUCCUGAGCAGUAAACGAAAGAGCGGAAAGGAUUAUGUUGCAUCUUAUAUACAAGAAAGAGUUAAUAUCAAUAAGUUUUGUCAAAAUGUGCCACGUCUGUUAUCGUAUCUACUGUUGCUGGCUCUCUACAGGGUGGACAUUGUGACGGAGAAGGAAGAGAUGCUCUAUUCAACAAUCCACAUGGCUUGGCCUUUACAAACAGCAGUGAUAUAAUAGUAGCAGACCACUAUAAUCAUUGUAUCCGUAAAGUGAUGUUAGCUAGAGGAGACGACAUAUCCUCACACGUAGAAACGAUUGCUGGAGUUGCUCGCCAGUAUGGCUACAGAGAUGGGACUGCAGAUCAAGCUUUGUUUUGCAAGCCCUGGUCAGUGGGAGAGGACGACACUAUCUACGUGACAGAUUUGGGAAACAAGAGAAUCAGAAUGGUGGAUGGGUGUGGCACAGUGAGAACAUUGGCUGGAUCAGGAAACAAAGGAUUAGUUGAUGGGCAGGGAAGGUCUGCUGCUUUUACAGCAUUAGUAGAUAUUACUCAAUCAGCAAACAAAUCCAUCUUCUACAUCACUGACGACAACUGUAUUCGUACGAUAGAUAUGGAUGGUAAUGUCAUUACUAUUGCAGAACAACAAGCAGAAGGUCUGACUGAUGGUCACUGUAGUGAAGCAAAGUUUAUCUUUCCACAGCAAAUAGCAUGCAGAAGUGGAGAUGAUGAGACAUUGUAUGUUGCUGACUAUCAUAACGAUGCAGUGAGAGAAGUAUCACUCAACACUAGAAAUGUUAGAACAAUUGCUGGUGGCAAAGGUGCAGGGUCUUGUAAUGGAGCAAUUGAAGCGGCCACACUAAACCAUCUGGUUGGAAUUACUAUUGACAGCAAAGGUUGCAUUUUUGUGUGUGAUCGUGAGAAUCAGAAGAUUAGAAUAAUUUCUUCUACCAUGGAGACAAUGACUACUCUAGUGGGAUGUGGUGAGGAAGGUUUAGUAGAUGGCAAUGGAACAUUGCAUUCGUAAAGUUGAUCUCCAACAGUAUUUGCCUCUACUACCAAACUUGGA